UGGGGCCCAAACUUGGAGGAGUUCAUUAAGAGAUUCGAUCCGAAGUUGACGUGGGGCGAGGGCCCAACCCGUCUUAAGAACAUGUACUUUACGUACCUCGUCGAGCUGAGAGCCCUCGUCAAGGCUGCACCCUAUCUCAAAGGGGUUCGUUUGCUCGAAUCGUACUUUACGGGGAAUGAAGAGGAGGAUAGGAAGGUAAGGGAGAUGGUAGCAACACUGCUGGACACACUAAAAGAAUUUCCUGAUCAGUUCGAUGAGAAUAAAUUGUUUCAAGGUGAUUUCAAAAAGUUGAAGGAAGAGUUCAAAGUCCACUUCCGCAAUAUAUCAGUCAUCCUGGAUUGUGUGGGCUGCGACAAGUGCAGGCUGUGGGGGAAAGUUCAGUUCACUGGCAUGGGUACGGCUUUGAAGAUUUUAUUCUCUGGAGACAACAAGCAGCCAUUCAGCACCCUCACCAAAGGACAGCUGACAAGAGGUGAAAUUGUGGCGCUCUUCAAUGCUUUUUCAAGG